AUGUUUCGAAUGACCGAGACCGAGGCUGCGAUCGAGGAGGACGAAGGAGAUGGAGAUGGGGAUGGGGAUGAGGCUGCGGGUCUCCGCGGGGACAACCUGUUGUUAGCUGAAAAUGCGACCGCGGAGACCACGCCGCCAGUGGCUGCGAGAUUUGGAGAGGAGGUGGCCGAAGUUGGUGUCGACGUUCAAAUUGACCCCCUUCUUUGCGACUUUGAAUGGGAUGAAACGGACUUCGCCGUUGACGUCGGCGACCACUUAACGGACCAUCAAGAGACAGCUGCACGUCCGCUGUCACAGCUGGAUGCGACAAUACAGCACGAAGCAUUCGUUAGGCUGUCCAAGGUCAACAUCGACCUCCACCUGCACCUGUUCAAGGUCAAUAACCACCGGCAGCAUAUGGAUCUGUGCUCCUUCAUCUACCCCGAUUCCGUCCUCAGCGUUGAUUCUGUCACCCUGGCUGAGCUCGCCCUCGUCAUUUUCCAAGACUUCGUAACUGUUCUUUCGACUCUGGCCAAGUCAAUGAAACAGGCGGCAGUUGACUUGGCCAUCCUGCCAAGCCAAGACGCUGUUCCAUCUCUGCCGUGGGAUAACUCUGGCGGGCUGCCGACCGUUCUAGGCUGGAUCGUUCCGUCGGAAAGUCUCCCAUCGCCGGACAUCAUGAGUCCGUCAACCGCAACGUCCGCGCCCGAAGCCGUAGGUCCGCCUUUGGCUCUCGUCAUCACAAGCUGCUUCGUCCAAAUCAUCACCCUCUUUGAGUCGAUCACCCUCCACAUCCACAAAAGACUCGAAUCACUCGCCGUGGAUCCCCUGACGCCAAUUGAGGGUCUCAAAUUCGGGGCCUUAUGGAUUGGUGAUGGACAUCUGCAAGGCAUCAUCUUCACCCAAAUCAUCACCAGUCUCUUGGAAAGAGCUGAUCGUCUUCUCGGCCUGCGAGACCAUGAUACUUCGAGGGGGGGCACAUCGCCGCAUCAGGCAAUUCUAUCCAGUGAGCAGCGCGAUAUACUGCGUGGUCAACUCAAGGAAGUGACAGGUGACUCGCUGUUGCGGACAGAAAAGCUUAGAGACAGCCUCGAAAUGAUGAGAAGACGUCUCACGGAAGCAUCAGCGCUAAGCACUUAG